GAGGUGGGGCUUCUCUUCUCUCCCCAAAAGAAGGAACUCUGGGUUCUCUGCGGGACACGCACUUGGACAGAGCAGUCCCAUCAGGCCUCCACGAUGCCGAACCUUGCCUCCUGGCCCCACCCUCCUCCUCCUUGCCUGCUGCUGGCGCUACUGGUGGGACUCCCAGGAGUCGCGGCUCAGGAGCUGCAGGUGAUUCAGCCUGAGACAUCAGUGUCGGUCACAGCUGGAGAGACGGCCACUCUGCGCUGCACCACGACCUCCCUGAUCCCCGUGGGGCCCAUCAAGUGGUUCAGGGGCACAGGGCCAGGCCGCGAGUUAAUCUAUGAUUACAAAGGAGGCCACUUCCCCCGAGUAACAAAUGUUUCAGACGCCACAAGGAGAGACAACCUGGUCUUUUCCAUCCGCAUCAGUCAUAUCACCCCGGCAGACGCCGGUGUCUACUACUGUGUGAAGUUCCAGAGAGGAAGCCCUGGUGACGUGGAGUAUAAGUCUGGACCAGGCACUCGGCUCACUGUGAGUGCCAAACCCUCUCCUCCCGUGGUAUCAGGCCCCGCCACGAGGGCCCCACCUGAGCAGACAGUGAGCUUCACCUGCAGAUCCCAUGGCUUCUCCCCCAGAACCAUCUCCCUGAAAUGGUUCAAAAACGGGAAUGAGAUCACAGCCUCCCAGACCAGUGUGGACCCAGAGGGAGACAGCAUUUCCUACAGCGUCUCCAGCACAGCCAAGGUGGUGCUGGCCCCGGGGGAUGUUCGCUCCCAGGUCAUCUGCGAGGUGGCCCACGUCACCCUGCAGGGGGGCCCUCCUCUCCGUGGGACUGCCUACUUGUCUGAGACCAUCCGAGUUCCGCCCACCUUGGAGGUCACCCAACACCCCGCCUCAGGGACCCAGGUGAACGUCACAUGCCAGGCGAAGCAGUUCUACCCCCGAGACCACCAGCUGAGCUGGGUGGAGAAUGGAAACGUGUCCCGGAUAGAAACGGCGUCGACCUUCAUGGAGAAUAAGGACGGGACCUUUAACAGGAUGAUCUGGCUCCUGGUGAACUCGUCCGCCCACAGAGGUGAGGUGCUGUCCUGCCAGGUGGAGCACGACGGGCAGCCGGCAGUCAGCGCCAACCUCACCCUGGAGGCCUCUGCUCCCCAGAAGGACCAGGACACACAUGAACGUCCUGACCAGCCUUCGUUGUCUCCUUCUCUCCUGGUAGUUUUCAUCCUAGGCCCCAAAGUGCUGCUGGUGAUCGGUGUCACUGUCAUCUUUGUCCACAGGAAGCGUUAGGUCUGACUGGUAACACCCUCAGUCUCUGCUGUCUGCUUCCCUCUCUGAGGGGCCCAGCCUAGGAGAAGACCCAGCUGGAAGCUUCCACGACUCUGCUCCAAAUGCCUCCCUCCAUGGAGACCUGCUUGCCCCCACACUCCUGAGACCCUCUCACAGUUGCCCUGAGGCCGUCAAAGCUGGGUCCUCAGCAGGGAUUAGAGAAGUAGCUCUGGAGAGGGACUCACAACAUCUCCCUGGAACGUGAGAAACAAGUCACAUCAACACGUAUCGGGAUAUCUCUCAUCCAUCACCUUGGACUUGGCUGUGAACUACACACUCAUGUCCUUGCUCAGAGGAGUUAUUCUGUCUUUCGGAUUCCUGCCUAUCCUGGAAGCUCCACACUUUGAAGUUCUCUUUUACCUCUUGAGUACAGAUGACCCCCUCUUCCUGGUUUUAAGAAGAAAAUGUAUAUCCUUCCUCUUUGCCCAAAUGUCCUACCCCUCAAACCCUGAAGGUAGUGUUCCGUCCUGUCUCUGUGAUGGAACCAGGAGAACUUCCAUCUUCCUGCAUCCUUCCCAACUGUGCUGCUAAUGGUAAACAUUGUGUCUAGACGCCUCAGAGUCAUCCUUGAUUUCUCCUUCUUUUAUAUCCCAUAUUCAAUUUUGCCUUCAAAAUGCUGAUGUCCAGAGGUGAGAUGGUAAAUAUUUAAUAAUCCACUCUCCAAAAGAAAAAAAAAAAAGCCUAUUAGGUAGUACUGGCCAAUUUCUAGCUGUCAAUACUUCCAAUGUGGCCAGCUUCAAGCUACCAACCAUUUAAUAACCAGCUUGCAGGAAUUCUUGAAAAAGUAACAGCUGGGCUCUCUUGAAGCAGUUCGAGCUCUCCAGCACACCACUCAGUUGCAUCCAUAAUGUGCACAUUCUCACCCGCACCACCACUCCCGGGUCCCAGCCACCAUCAUCUCCUCCUGCACCAUUGCUGUCGUCUCUGACUGGUUUCCCUGUCUCAGGCUCAGUGAUUCUUUGGGAAAGUAAGUCAAAUCCUAUCACUUCUCUGCUCCCUCCCCUAGCAUAACUGCCUGCCUCACUCUCAAAUGCCACUUCAUCAAAGGCACCUUCUAUAGAUGGCCCUGUAUAAGAUAUCAAUUCCUCUCUCACCCUGGCAUUCCAUGUCCUCUUAACCUGAUUAAUUUGUUUCCUGAGCAUUUAUAACCAUCUAUAUACUGAAUGUAAGUUAUUCUCACUUUGCAUGGUAGAGCAGGACCUUAAAAUAACUUGGAAACUGAAAACUUGAAAAGUGACCUUAAUAAUCAAUGGGAGAAUAACUGUUUUGUGAUCUUCAAAAAAAAAAUGGUUUUAAACAUCAGAGACUCUUUUACUGUCAGUUUAAAAUGUAGAAGGAAAUGGAAAAAUAGUAAAGUUAAUAUUUAGAGUAUACUGUCAUUUGACUCAUUAGAAACAUUGAGAAUUAAAGAGUUUUUUUUUUAUUUGCAAACCUAUCGAGUUUAGUUUGAACAGUGUUUGCCUUCUUCUUCCUGCAUAAUUUACAAUAUAAAAGCCAGCACCUUUUCUAUACUUUGGUGAAUUAUAGUACUCCUUUCUCAGUUUGGGUAAGACUCUAACAUUUUAUUCCCUGAUACUCUCAACGUUGUGAAAUCUUUACAAAACUUCCUUUAAUUUGAGGUAUUUGCUGUUGUCGCUUCCUCUGGGGCAUUUUCACCCUUUCCCUCACAACCACCUUCCUCAUUAUAUGGUAAGUUUGCCCUCACAAAGUUCUUGUGGCUGCCUAUCUUUCUAACAGUAUCAGUGUACCAUUCCCACGGUCAACUAUUUCUUCUUUAAUCUACUCACGUUCAAUUUGAAUGUCGCUUCCAACAUUAUCACCUUUUGUUUCUUCAUUGCACUUUCUUCUUUGUAUUCAAUUCCCUUUUGCAGUUAUUUAUUUUUGUAAAUGUCAUGUGGAUUCAUCACUGGGAGUCACAUGACAGCACAGCUACAUGCUUUUCUGUCUGUGCUGAAAUGAGUAACAGAGUCACAGUGAUCAAAUACUGCAGACUUUGAAAUAAGGGACAUGACUGGUUCCUGAUCAGGAUGGGCAUCUAUUACACAGUUAUUUGUGGACUGAAGUAGAGAUAGUGGCAAAGUUUGUACUUUAUGCAAUUGUUCACCAUAAAUUUACUGUGGUAACUGAAAUCUCAACCAUGUGUUGGGGGGACUGAGGUUUUUUAACUAAACUGUCUACCUGAAAUUCAUGCAUAUCAGGACCAUGCAAAGUGAGGACUUCCUGUAUGUGUCUCUUCCUCAGAUAGGAUGUCAGUUCUAACAGUGAAGGGACUAUCUGAGUAUUCGUUUCUAUAGAUACUGAAUAUCAAAAUAAAAUUUUUCUUCAUCAACCACCUAGCUCUUGUAUUCUAAAGCCCUUUCACUAAAGACUACUUUUUCUUCUUUGUAUUUAAACAAUCAUUUCAAAAAUUAAACAUUUUUCAUAUCACAAGGAAAUGGAAAAAAAAAACAAAAAAAACCAGAAAACAGACGCUGACUGGAGUAUGUCAAAGGGUGUGGGAACCAA